UUGGAUGACCUUUAAGAUCCAUCCAUCCAUCUUCUAUGCCACUUCACUAGGGUCAUGGGUAUGCUGGAGCCUAUCCCAGCUGACUACGGGUGAGAGGUGGGGUACACCAUGGACUGGUACCUUUAAGAUCCAACUGUGCAAAAUGAAAAUUCUUGCAAUUUUUCAAUUUUGAUCAGGAGUAGCCUGCCCCCCCCCGUGAAAGUUUUUAACCCAGAGUGGCCCGGAAGCCAAAAUGUUUGCCCACCCCAGGUCUAUAGUAUGACUGCAUGUAAUUGUGCUAUAUGAGUGUGUCUAAACCUGCUUUUAUGACAGACAAAAUGUAGGCCCUUUUGCUUGUUAUCUGCUAGUAUACCUGCUAGAAAUACAUCAACCAGUAGGAUUAAGUUGGUGAUUCAGUAGCUACAAAUUCAAUGUUUCUCCAAUUAGCAAGUCAAAAUGAUAACUUUUCGUCUGACCAGGAUGUCUAACAAAGGUCCAUAUUAGAGCAAAGGAAAUUAAUUAAGCACUUUUCGUGUUGCGAUAACUUUCAACAAUGUACAUAGUAGAGCCUUUAUUUUGAAAGAACAUUAACUCCCACACACCGGCAUUGACCUUUUGCUCCCCACAGCGCUCAUGUUUUUACAUUGUAACACACACAUACAAAGGUGCACACACUCUGCUGGACACACAUAUCACACACUCCAUAAAGGCAGUCAUAACUGUUUUGAAUAAUUGAUUGACAGUGAAAUUGCGUAGCUCUAGGGUUUCCAGGAUGUCAUUGUCCUUGUUUCGGGUCAAUGAGAGGCAAGGAAAAAGUGAACUUCUCAUGCGAGUUGCUCAUCAUGUACCUGCCCUUCCAUGCACCCACAAGCACAUAGUAUAUAUACACACACAGUUAGUUUCCAUGGAAGUGUGUGGACUUCAUCGCAUAAGAAACCACACAGCUUUCAUAUUCACUAAGCUCAUUGGAUAUCGAGACAGCCCAUGAGAGGAAGAUGCCUCGGGACAAACUGAUAACCACUGAAGAAGACAUUGACAUUGGACUGGAAACUGGUGAUCCAGAGGAACAUGAGCGGGUGAAGGUCAGAAGAAAGAAGAAGGAUAGCAACAGGAAGAAAAAGAAGGUAGAAGGAAAGAAGAAGAAACAGUCUCAUCCAAGAGAGGUUGAAGAGUCAGUGGAUGAUGGAUCAGAGAAAAAAGAAAGAGGCAAGAGGAGCGCAAAGAAUGAUGAACAUAAAAGCAUGAAUGAAAGAAAGGAAGAGGAAGUUGAAGAAAGCAAGGCAAAGACUGCAAAAAAGAAGAAACUGAAAAAUGACAAAAUAAAGCAAAAGGUAAAGGAGGUGAAAGAAGUUGAGGACAAAAAUGCAAAGAGGAAAAACAAAGAUGAAAGUGUCAAAAAAGAAGAGAGAAAAGAUAAACAUAAAGUAAAUGAAAAACCGCAGGAUGUAAAGAAGAAAAAGCACUUGAAAAUAAUUGAAACAAGUUCAGAGCAGGAGACAAGUGAGGAAGACACCAAUGAGGAAGACGAUAGCGAUGAGGAAGAGUUUAGUCCAGAGUCUCUGACGGCUGAGGAGCUACAGGAGCUGAAAGAGGAAGUGGACGAGAGGAAGAAACUGAUCCAAAGUCUUCGUGGGAAGCCGUGGGCGAUGAAAAAGAAGCUGACGAGUCUACGGGAGUCUCAGGAGUUUGUGGAGAAGUAUGAGGGUGCUUUGGGCAAAGGGAAAGGUAGGAAGUUCUACGCAUACAAGGUCAUGAUGACCAAGAAAUGGAUGAAAUUUCAACGGGACUUUGAAAACUUCAAAACAGCAUGUAUCCCAUGGGAGAUGAAAAUCAAAGAGAUUGAAAGUCACUUUGGCUCUUCUGUUGCCUCCUACUUCAUCUUCUUGAGGUGGAUGUAUGGCAUCAACAUGAUCUUAUUUGGUCUGACCUUUGGCCUGGUCAUGGUGCCAGAGGCGUUGAUGGGGAGGCCCUAUGGCAGCAUCCCAAGAAAGACUGUCCCGAGGGCUGAAGAAGGGAGUGCAAUGAACUUUGCUGUCUUGUGGGACUUUGGGGGUUAUGCCCAGUACUCUGUCCUCUUCUAUGGUUACUACAAUGACCAGCGUUCCAUUGGCUGGCUCAAGUUCCGUAUGCCUCUGUCUUAUUUCUUGGUUGGAGUGGGCACAGUGGCCUACAGCUACAUGGUGGUCAUUAGAACGAUGGCCCGUAAUGCAAACGAGACCGGCGUUGGAGACGAUAACUGCUUUAAUUUCAGCUGGAAAAUGUUCACAAGCUGGGACUACCUGAUUGGGAACGCCGAAACUGCCGAUAAUAAAUUUGCCUCCAUCACCACCAGUUUCAAGGAGGCCAUCUUAGAAGAGCAAGAGAGCCGAAAGGAUGACAACAUCCAUUUGACUCGCUUCCUGCGGGUGCUGGCCAACUUCCUGGUCUUGUGCUGCUUAGCAGGAAGUGGAUACCUCAUUUACUUUGUCGUGCGGCGCUCUCAGAAGUUUGCCUUGGAUGGACUGGAGAACCACAGCUGGUGGGAACGGAAUGAGGUAAAUAUGGUCAUGUCAUUACUGGGGAUGUUUUGUCCCAUGCUGUUUGACAUCAUUAGCACCUUGGAGAACUACCACCCUCGAGUCGCCCUGCAGUGGCAACUGGGGCGCAUCUUUGCUCUCUUUUUGGGAAACCUAUACACCUUCAUCAUUGCACUCAUGGAUGAGAUCAACCUCAAAAGGGAGGAGGAGAAAAUUGUAAAGUUCAAUAUAACUCUGUGGGAAGCAAAUCUUUACAAUGGCACCCUAUCGGAAAACAAUACUAUGUCACCUGCUGUUGAUCCUGCUGAUGUGCCUCGCGGGCCAUGCUGGGAGACCAUGGUGGGACAGGAGUUUGUGCGACUCAUCAUUUCUGAUACCAUGACAACCUACACCACAUUGCUUAUUGGUGAUUUCCUGAGAGCUGUGCUUGUUCGUUUUCUCAACUACUGCUGGUGCUGGGACCUGGAGGCUGGCUUUCCGUCGUACUCUGAGUUUGAUGUUAGUGGGAAUGUCCUUGGCUUGAUCUUCAAUCAAGGAAUGAUAUGGAUGGGUGCCUUCUAUGCGCCUUGCCUGCCUGCCUUGAAUGUCCUCCGCCUCCACGUGUCCAUGUACCUUCAGUGCUGGGCCGUCAUGUGCUGUAAUGUGCCGCAGGAAAGAGUCUUCAAGGCUUCUGGCUCCAACAACUUCUACAUGGCCAUGCUACUGGUGAUCCUCUUCCUGUCUACCUUACCUGCAAUGUACACCAUUGUCACAAUCCCUCCGUCUUUCGAUUGUGGACCCUUCAGCGGCAAGAAUCGCAUGUUUGAUGUGAUCCAUGAGACCCUGGAAUCAGAUUUCCCAGCCUGGUUUGGAAAAGUGUUUAGUUAUGCCUCGAAUCCUGGACUGGUGCUGCCCUUCAUGUUGCUCAUGAUGCUGGGCAUUUAUUACUUGCAGUCCACUUCCAAAAGCUACAAAGAAGCAAACAUUGAACUGAAGAAAAAACUACAGAUGCAAAAUGAAGAGAACAAGAAAAAGAACAAGCUUGCUGCAUUGAAGGUGGCAAUGGAUUUGGAAGAGGCCAGGAAAACGGCAUCAGAGGCUGAAGACAAACAAAAGGACAGCAAAGCUUUGCUGCAAGGCCAUGAAAACGGGGAGGAAAACCAUAGCAGAGGUCAAAAGUCACAUCGUGGCAAGAAUGGACGCAACUUUUCUGCGGUCAAAGAGCAAGUGCUUCCAGCCCCCACAGCCCCUGCCUCCAGGAGGUAUCACUACAGCAACAAUGGGGGUUCCGGGUAUCUGCCGGGUUUCCCUCGGCAAAGUGACCAGAAGGUGCACAGGGUGCCAAGCCUGCUGAGACACUGAGUGAGUGAGCACAACUCUAAACCAAGCACUUUACUGAAAAAAUCCCGUCCAGAUGCGUGUGACGGUAAUCUGAAUGCUGUAUGAAUGUUUGGCAACAUUUUCACUCAUAUUCGAGACUCAUAAUGAGUUAUCGUCUCAUACCGUAGCUGUAAGUAAGGAGGGUGUUCAUCGAUAAAUGUGUUGGUGAUCAAAUACAAACUAUAGAAUAUGAGCUUACACUAUUUAUUAAGAUUAACAUUACAACAUAGACAUUAUAAAUAACAUGUGUAACUUUUUUUGUAUAUAAUACUGUGUUAUCUGUAAUGGCAUACCUUGUUUAUUUAUGCAUUAGUAAUAUUGAUGAACUCUUCAAACAUCGACCUAUUCUAUCAGUUUGUUAUUUCAGAACACAUAUACACAUUUAGCAAACAACAAAGUUAAAUGUAGUGAAUGUAUGUAGUUUCAUAAUUAUUUCCCUUGAAAUCCAGGCAAGGUCUCAAGCUUUUAUAAUUUAAUAACUAUAUACACAGCAAAUAAUGUGUCCCAUUCCAAAAAUGUUUUUGGCCACCUCAAGAAAGUGGAAAAAAAACAUUGCCAAGUGUCAGGCCUGUGUAGGACAUUGAAAGCCAUAUGUCUCUGUGUCAGUUGUUGGCUUUCCUUUCU